UUGCUACACGUCAGUGCGUCUCGAACCACCGCGCGAACGCAUACAAAAUAACUAAGUAAAUUAUUGCUUAAUUUUAAUAUAAUGUGUGUAUUAUAUGUAAAUAUAUAUGUAAAAUAAUGUGUGAUAACUGAAAUGUGUUCUGUGAUACAUACAUAAUUAAUAUAUGUUUAGUUUAAUUAUAAUAAAUUAAAUAAUUAUCAUCGAAAUACGGGAUUCGUGUUUCGCUCGUCAGCUGUUUAGUAUUGGUUCGUAUCGUGACGAGAUUUAGACAUUUGAUGAAUGCUUUAAGAUAGAAUUUUCUUAGUAAUAUAUUGUACAAAGGGUGUACAAUUAAAUAUGGAUAAGUAGAUAGCAAUUUAAAAAAUAAACUAAUCACAAUGACCGACGCCGUGUUAUACAAAAAGCAACGGGUGCCACCGUUUAUGAGACAGCUGCUAGCAGUAAGUGGAGUGGUAUUGUACAUGAUUGGAACAGGUGCUAACAUCGCGUACCCUGGAGUACUGCUGGAGCAGUUACGACAGCCUGAAUCCACACUGAAGAUCACUUCGGAACAUGAGUCGUGGAUAGCAUCAAUCCUGGGCCUGGCGUUGAUUACUGGCAUCGUAGUUGCUCCGUUCAGUUUGCAGCAUCUUGGCAGACGUGUCACCAACCAGCUGAGCACCCUGCCCUCUAUGGGAGGCUGGGCUCUGAUGGUGACCGCUAAGGGGCCCACUGCGUUGCUGAUUGGCAGAAGUUUACAGGGCUUCGGAAUGGGUGUACAGGCUGCGUCCGCCCCAGUCUCCAUCGCCGAAUACUCGGCUCCCAAACACAGAGGCGCUUUUCUUGCCACUAUAGCGUUUUCCUUCGCAACGGGCAUGCUUGUGGCGCAUAUCUUCGGUACUCUACUAUACUGGCGAACCGCUGGAGUAGCCUGUGGAAGCUUCUACGCCGUCUCCUUAAUUCUGAUAUCCCUUAGUCCAGAAACACCCCCGUAUCUUGCGUCAAAAGGACUAUACACUGAAUGCAGGAAAUCCUUCAGAUGGUUUCGAGGGUACGACCACGUUUCGGAAAAAGAAUUGAACAUUCUUCUCAACAGUCAAAAGAGAGAGAUUAGUGUAACUACUGGGCCUAGAUGGAGACACUACAUAGAUAUAGCAAAGAGGCAAGAAUUUUAUAAGCCAACUGUAAUUAUGAUGUUUAUGUUCAUUCUCUUCCAGAUAUCUGGUAUGACAGUUGUCCCAUCAUAUACUGUUCCAAUGAUGAAAGAAGUAACCGGUGGGGCGAUAGAAUCUUACACUAGUAUGCUCAUGGUCGACGUCCUUAGAUUCGCAACGGCUAUCCUAGCUUGCAUCGUGGUAAAUAAACUAAACAGACGCACUGUCUUAUUCCUAGGCGUUACCAUAAGUGUAGCGUCUUUAUUCCUGACUUCAAUACUGUUGUAUUUAAGAGACUUUGGUUACAUACCAGACGAAUACAAAUGGGUUCCUAUUAUACCGACCAUGUUUUAUAUUUUCGGGAAAACAUUGGGUAUUUUGCCGAUACCUUGGGCGAUUGCUGGCGAAAUAUUUCCUCUGGCUUACAGAAGUUUAGGUAGCGGUAUCUCGGGGAUGUUUCUGUCGAUUAUGUUCUUCGUUGUGGUCAAAACUGCUCCGGCUUCGUUUAGAGACAUCGGCGUGAGCGGUACCUUCUGCGUGUACGCAUUCUGUAUAUCACUAUGUGGUAUUUUUCUAUAUUUUUUACUGCCGGAAACUAAAGGGAAGACAUUGUAUGAAAUCGAAUGCCAUUUCAAAAAUACAAAUGCAAAUAUAAAAGAUUCGUCAGAAAAUGAUAGGAUGUUGGAAUUGGAAAAAAUUGAGACAGGAAGAGACGAGGGAGAAUGAACGGAACGAUGAAGAAUUUAGGGACGAUCUUAUGGGUACUUCGGGGGCCCAGGCUAAAGGAGCGAUAAACGAUAUGAGAUUAAAGUUAUAAUCAGUACUUAAUAUAAAGUUUUGUAUUACAAAUAAUUGUAUUUUCAUAUUCUAAAUAAAACAUACAGAAGA